GUCGUUAUCUUAUUGCAGUGUAGUUUUGUUAGUAUGGUGCUAAGGCAGCCAAUUUAAAAUGGGAAAACCAAAGGAAGUACGUGUAUCACAAUGGUACUUCGGUGGUCUAGCCUCCGCUGGAGCAGCUUGCAUCACUCAUCCCCUAGAUUUGUUAAAAGUACAAAUGCAAACUCAAAAAGGAAAAAACAUCUCGAUAUUCCAGCUAACGGGAAUAACUAUAAAAAAUCAAGGUGUCACUGGUCUUUAUAAUGGUAUUUCUGCGUCUUUGCUGCGUCAGCUUACUUACUCUACAACCAGAUUUGGCAUCUAUGAAGUUGCAAAACAACAUUUAACUGUGAAAGAUGGCCAAGCAAUACCAUUUUAUAUGUCAGCAUUUUUAGCUGGUUUAGGAGGCUUUGCUGGAGGUUUUGUGGGAAACCCAGCAGAUUUGGUGAAUGUACGCAUGCAAAAUGAUGUUAAACUACCACCUGAGCAAAGAAGAAACUAUAAAAAUGCUAUUCAUGGCCUGUAUCGUGUAGCAGCUCAGGAGGGUAUUCUACGUUUAUGGGCAGGAGCUUCUAUGACAUGUAGUAGAGCAGCUCUGAUGACUAUUGGUCAAUUGUCCUUUUAUGAUCAAAUCAAGGGUUUACUCUUAGCUUCACCUUAUUUCGGCGAUGAUGUGGCUACACACGUGAUGUCAAGUUUUCUGGCUGGAGCAGUAGCAACUACACUCACACAACCAGUAGAUGUUCUAAAAACUCGAGCAAUGAAUGCAAAACCAGGUGAGGUAAAAAGCAUUUUGUUACUAAUUAAGAAUACUGCCAUGGAGGGACCUCUAGCAUUUUUCAAAGGGUACAUUCCGGCAUUUGUGAGACUUGCCCCGCAUACAAUUUUAACAUUUGUAUUCUUAGAACAACUAAGAAUAAAUUUUGGUUUUAUAAAGCAAACACAUGAAUAAAUCAAAAA